AUGGGCACCGCGAUUCUCGAGGGACUGCUGGAGGCGACUGCAAAUGACUCAUCACCACGUAUUUCUGGCUUCCUGGUCAGCACAAAAAGCGCAUCGUCUGCCAGUCAAAUCAAAGCCAAGUUCCAGAGUGAUGAGCACAGAGUGUCAGUCGCCCAUGAUCAAAACCAACAAAUCAUGAAAGAGGCGGACAUCAUUAUGUUGGGCUUUAAGCCCCAUAUGGCAGAGGCUAUCUUGGGCGAGGCCGGGGUGCGUGAAGCACUUGCUGGGAAGUUCGUGAUCAGUGUUCUAGGGGGUAAAACCACACAAGCUCUCGAGGGGUAUAUCUCCCAGGGUUCUGAGGACUCAACUAAGCCAUACGUUGUUCGAGCGAUGCCGAAUAUGGCAGCUCGCAUUCGAAAGUCCAUGACUAUCAUCGAGAAGAAUCCGGAGCUCCCGUCUCAAUUGCUCGAUAUCCUUGUCUGGAUUUUCCAAACGAUUGGAGGCGUAAAGAUGCUCGAAGCAGAUCUGUUUGACGUGGGAUCUAUGCUGGUUGGAUCUUCAAUGGCGAUUCUUUCGGUUGGACUGGAUGGGAUUCUGGACGGAUCUGUCAUGGAGGGCAUCAAAAGAUCAGAUGCUUUGGAAAUGGCAGCCCAAAGCAUGCUUGGUAUGGCCGAGCUGUUCCGCCAAGGCGAGGAUCCGGCUCAUUUUAGAGAAAGCGUUGCAUCGCCAAGGGGCUCAACCAUUCAUGGGAUUGUGACUGCUGAGAUGGCUGGGGUCAGAGGUACAUAUGCACAGGCGAUGUUGAACGGAGUGAAGAAGCUCAAGUCCUGA